GGCAUCGCUGUCUCCCCAGCAGCGGCACUGCCCCUUCCGCUCUCCCCUUGCAGCCACAGGUCGCAGCAGCAGCAAGCAUGGACAUUACCAUCCAGCACCCCUGGUUCAAGCGUGCUCUGGGACCCCUCAUUCCAAGCCGUUUGUUCGACCAGUUUUUUGGAGAGGGUCUCCUUGAGUAUGACCUCCUGCCUUUGUUCUCAUCCACUAUCAGCCCCUACUACAGGCAGUCCCUCUUCCGCAGCGUGCUGGAGUCGGGCAUCUCAGAGGUGAGGUCUGAUCGGGACAAGUUUACAAUCAUGCUGGAUGUAAAACACUUCUCUCCUGAAGACUUGAGUGUGAAGAUUAUCGAUGACUUUGUGGAAAUCCAUGGCAAGCACAGUGAGAGGCAGGAUGACCAUGGCUACAUCUCCCGAGAAUUCCACCGCCGGUAUCGCCUGCCCGCCAACGUGGACCAGGCUGCCAUCACCUGCUCCCUGUCCAAUGAUGGCAUGCUGACCUUCUCGGGCCCCAAGGUCCCCUCGAACAUGGACGCCAGCCACAGCGAGAGGCCCAUCCCCGUGUCCCGGGAGGAGAAGCCCACCUCUGCUCCUUCCUCCUAGGCCCGCCUGCCACCGCGGUACGCAGGCUGCCACCCCCUGCCGGUCUCAUUCCCAGAGCCGUUGCAUAGAUAUCAGUGAAUAUCUAGAGGGGUUUAUUUUGUUGGUUCUUCCUCACCUCUGUUUCCUUCCCCUCCCUCUCCCCCACCUUUCCCCUGGAUGGAACGAGGGGCUGGGUGAGCGGCUGGUGGA